GAGCGCCUCCAUCUCGUCCACUGUGCGUCGAGUGCUGUGGACGAGCCUGUUGGCUUUUUGUAUAAGCACACAUCUGUGAAAUACCUAUUGUUGUCUUGUCUUGUUUGUUCUUUAAGAUACCUGGUCUUUGACUCAUCUGCACCGUAUGUUUUCUGCGGAUCAAAUCCCUCCAAUCGCAUGAUGCAGUCCAGCAAACCCGUCGGGUUCGACGAGAACAAAUACCGCAACGAGGUUCUCCUUGUCUCCUCCGAGGACGAUGAGAGAUCGCAAGAACAAACACUAGUAGAAGAAGCGCGUCAGUUGGGAUUAAAAGUUCCAGAGGUUGAAAUUGUGGCAUCGCUGGCCGCGUCGAUUGCCUCAGGCAUGGUCGAUCUUUCCUCUCCGAUCCUGUCAUCAGCGGGCUCUUCAACUGAUCGCAAUUCCGUCUGUGAAGUCACCCCAUCUAACGAGAUCCCCCCCCUUGAUCAGAUCGCAUCGUCAUUUUCCGAGUUUAACCUAUCCGACCAUGCCAAGUGCGGUAGUACUCGCUCGAUCGCUUCGCUUUCAACGCGCCCAACCUCUUAUAGUUCGAGCGAGGGGAAACUAGCACACGGCACAGAUGGCAUCGCAUUGCGAACCCCCGGCCAUCGAAGCUCUUUCUUGAGUGUGGCUUCGAGUGAAAAGAAAGAGAGGCGGAAAUCAACCUUGAAGUCCGCAAUUGACAAGAUUCAUUUCCGGAAACGGCGUUCACCCUCCGCUGUCUUACUCCCUCCGGCUGCGCAGAUCACCGUUGCGAAAGGUGAGGGAGGGGUUGACAGAUACUAUGUGGAAUCCAAAGUCAAUGAACCACGGGGCCACGAUAGUGCGGAUGAAGAGAGCCCAGUCUUGAGGCUGGAGAUACCGGUGUUUGACAAUGAGAGUGUUCGGCGGAGCCUUGAGAAUGCAGACCUCAGGCAGAUGCGCGAGUCCCAAAAGAUGGAGAAGAACCGGCACAUGACCUUUCAGGACACUUUCAUUACUGAACUCCGACGCAACCACCAAACGAUUGUUGCCGACCGGCUCGCAGCAAAUAAAUGGUCAGAAGAAGAAAAGCGCGAAAAGAAUAUCGCCGAUGCGAGCCGUAUGGAGGAACGACAACUCGCCGUGGAAAUGGAUCAAGUUCGCGAAUUUGAGCGAGCGAAGAUGAAUUCCCGUACUCGAAUCAAGUAUAUGGAGGGCUACUUCAGCAAUGCAAGCCCUCCACCUUCCCCCGGAUCGGCGUCAGGAUCCGAGAUAUCACCGCCGCCUACUCGAAAGUAUACCCCGCAACACAAGGCUCAACUGGCUCAGGAAUAUCACGACCAUGAAUCGAUGGACCGACUUCACGAAGCCAAAAUCAAAGUACUAAGGGACCGCCAAGAACUCAAGCUCCAGGAAGUUAUAGCCCGUAUGGAGAAAGAAUUGGACGAUUUGAUCGACAAGCACGCGCUGGAGUUUGCCAACCUCCAACGAGACCACCAGCUGGAGGAGGCAUCGGCUUUGCAAAUCUUUGAAGCCAAGAAGACAAGACUACGCCAUCGAUGGAACCUGGAAGAAGCAAUUCUGCGGAAGAAGCUCGAAGUGCAAUAUGAUCAACCCUAUGGGCCUCUACCCCCUUUGUCGUUCUCCGACUCUCGCUAUGAGACGCGCGACUCGGCGAUUUCCGUUUCGGAAGGGAACCCAACCAGUGCAAGCGGUGAUGAGGAACUGGUGCACCGGAAGAGAGGUGAACCGCUACUAUAAUUUAUGAUGCGAUGUCCCAGUGAUACCCUUUCCCUUUUCCUCUCCUUCUGGUUCUCACCCUUUGCAUAUACAGUGACAUAUCACCCUAAUUUAGCUUAAUGUUUUAUACUUCGGCUAUUCCUGACAUUUACUUUUUGUAAUUUUACGACAUUUCUUUGCUGCAUUCGGUGCGUUUGCUUUUUGGAUGGGGCAUCAUUUAUACACUUUGGCGGCUUUUUGGUUUCUUGUGCAUACUACUUCUCUUCUUCCUGCAUGAUAUAAUUUUCUCCGCUACAUAGAUUUGCUCCUCUUUCACUAUAUAGAAGUUUCUUGCACUCAACAUUGGAAUGUACGAACAUGUAUUUAUGGUUUCAGAGAGGUUUAACUUGAUUUAUUCACGAA